AUGUCACCACCCUCCAUCCUCAGCGCCUUCCUUUCCGUGUCUCCCCUGGAGCCCGUACUUGUCUUCUCCUCGCCCGAAGACGCAGCAAUGUUCCAAUCCCGCUGCAAACAGGCGCGUAUCAUGCCCUCUGCCCGACAGUCCUGGGUCUACCUACCCAUGCCGGAUGGCUUGGUGCGCGUCAGGACGGCGCGCAUGGGCGAUGUGGCAUUUGACUUUGACAGUGAGAAGAGCGCGAAGGAGUUCAAUGCAAGCAUCAAGCAUCUGGGCAAGGUGUUUGAAAAUAGGAAGGGUGAUCGUGGGUGGGAGAAGGUGGUGUAUUUGGGUAAGGAGAAGGUUUGA